CCUCCUCCUCCUCCUCUCUCUCCCUCGGCGCUCCGCAGUCUGAACACGGAGCAGUUUUUCCUGUUGCUCUUCUCUCUGAUCUCCUGCACUUUGCAGCGGCUCCAGAUCUGUAGAUUCCCUCAGCAGGAUGAGCAGCAACCCGCUCGGCGACAGGAUGCAGGCCCGGCUGGAGAGGGCAAAGGUCAUGAGCGACGAGGACAAGCUGUACAGACACAACGGGGUUCUGUACCCGACCCUCAUGUGUCCGGAGGAACAUUUGAAGUGUCUGGACGGCCUGAAGGCCAGAGACGACGACAUCAUGCUGGUGGCUUAUCCUAAAUGUGGAUUUAACUGGAUGGUUGGAGUCAUGAAGAAGAUCAUUGCAGAAGCCACCCAGAUGAAGAAUGAAUCCAAGAUGCCUCCGCUGAUCGAGUUCUUUGGCCCAGAAGUCUUGAAGGCCGUGGUUGAAGCUCCGUCUCCGAGGUUUCUGGGAACUCACCUUCAUCCAGACAUCAUGCCGUCCUCCUUCAGCGAGAAGAAAACAAAGACAGUGGUGGUCUUCAGGAACCCAAAGGACACUUUGGUUUCCUACUAUCAUUUCUGCAACAACAACCCGGUUCUGCCGUCUGUGGAGUCCUGGGAUUCUUUCUUCUCCCAGUUCAUGAAAGGAGACGUUGCCUGGGGCUCGUACUUUGACCACGCCUUGGCCUGGAACCAGAGGAUGGACGACCCCAACGUCUUGGUGGUGACCUAUGAGGACCUGAAGCAGGAUCUCGGCGCAGGGAUCCGGCGGAUCUCCGGCUUCGUCGGCUUCAGCCUGACGGAGGCUCAGGUGCGGCAGGUGGCAGCGGCCAGCACCUUUAACGCCAUGAAGGAGAGUUCAGCCAACUCCCACGGCAACAUGGGAAACGUCAUCUUCAGGAAAGGUGAGGUUGGAGACUGGAGGAACCAUUUCAGUCCAGAACAGAGCCGAGAAAUGGACGAAGCUUUCAACAAACACCUGGCAGGAACAAAACUGGGAGCAAAGCUGGACUACCAGCGUCACUGUCAGUAGGAAACAGAGACGAGAAGAAGAAGAAGAAGAAGAAGAAGGGAACGAUGGAGGAGGAGAGAUGAAUCAACACCUUCAAUCUGAACACAGGUGGAGCGUCGGUUCUGCCUGACAGACUGAGCUCAGGGCGAAACUCCCACAGCUCAACAGAAGAAGGAAGAUAUAAAAAUAAGACGGAAUAAUUUGGUUAUAAUCAAUUUUGUUUCACUGCAGAUAUUAAAAAUGAAGUUUGAUGUUUUUAAUCAAUUUAAGCAACUUAUGAUAAACAGAAAGAAAUGAAAUAU